AUGGCACCGGCGGCAAUCUCCUGGUACUGCUUCACACAAGAGGAGAAAAAUGAUCUGGAACAUUCGUGGAAUCUCGUUGAAGGCAAAAAGAAUCACAUCGCUUGUGAUAUCUACGAGAUGAUUUUCAAUCAGUGCCCAGAAGCCCGUCGACUAUUCCCAAAACUAAAAUUCGUUGGAUCCAAACCAGACAGAAAGAACAAUGAGUUCGCAUUUCAGGCAAUGCGUUUUAUGCAGGUUAUCGAGGGAGCAGUAAAGGCACUCGAUCAUCUCACAUCACUUGAUGUUAUUUUGGACAAUUUGGGAAGACGGCACGGAAAGCUCGAGGUUAAUGGAAAGUUCAGAUCCUACUACUGGUCGGUAUUCCUCGAAUGCUCGAUUUAUUGCCUUCGUCAUGCAUUUUCAAAAAGGAUGAACGACAAAGAAGUGGACCACGUCAUCAUUCUCUGGCGAUACCUCCUACGUGAUGUCAUGAAGAAAAUUAAGGCGGGCACAACAGCAGACAUUGCUCAUCGAAUGCACCAAAUGAGCAUUGAUGACUCGAGAAAAUACUCACUUCCGGCUAUCCAACACAAAGAAUCGAACGCUUCUUCAGCAGGUACCGACUUUGAUGAUAUUCUUUAA